UGCAACAUCAGUCACUCAGCAGCUACCGAACAAUAUGAAAUCCAUGAUCAUCGUCGCCCUCGCCCUCGUGGCCGUCGCCGCCGCUAUCAGUGUCGACGACCCCAAGAUCAUCAGUCAACUCUUCGAUCAGAAGCCUGAUGGCAGUUACGUCUCCAAAUUCGAGACCGAGGACGGUAUACAGCGCACAGAAGAAGGUGUGCUGAAGGAGGCUUUUGACGAAGAAAACAACCCCCAUAAAUUUAUCGCUAUCAAUGGAGUCAUCUCCUACGUCAACCCUGAUGGUGAAGUUGAAACCAUUAGCUAUGUUGCUGACGAGAACGGAUACCGCGCGGAAGGAUCCUCCAUCCCCAAGGUCCCCGCUAGUAGCUAAGCUGCUACUGACUUCUCAUCGAUCUUAACCAUAGCUUUAUUAUUGACAAUAAUCUGUUGUGCCUAGUGACUGUUAUCGUUUAAGUUUGCCGGUCAGACAAGAACGCGCGCUUCUUGGCGUUCCUUAUUAUUUAAUUUUGUUACAUGUUGAGUUUUAUUGUAAUGUAAAUAAACACACAUUUUUUGAACUUAA